GCGACUAAAAAUAUUUUUGAGGGUACGAAGGGCGGCACUAAAUAGGAUGGACAAGCUUUCUUUCUCUCGAUUCAACGAGAAGCGAAACUACAAGGUGAGUUGGCCGGCGUACGAUAGAAACUAGUACGUCGUAGCACCACGCGUACCCUAUAAAAGCCAACAAGACAGGCGUCUCUCCUUUUCUCUACCCAUGGAUGUGUGUUUUUGUUUUCAGUCCAGCGACACAACGGGAUACGAUGAGUAUGUGGAGGGAGUUGAACCCGAGGAGACCAUGUCACUCGAGACACACAUAGGAGAGGUGGGCGUGGCUUUAGUUCUGGAUCCUAACAGCUCACGCUUAACCUAUGAUUAUAUAUAGAAAAAAGCGAGAUGGACAACAUUUAGUGCUUCAAACACAUUAAAACCCAUUCCGAAUACACCGCCCUUACCUUAACAAACAAUCUGCAAUGAUUGCCCGUUAACCCCUGGCUGUAUAUAGCCAAGAAAUGACGUAAAAGUGACUGUGUGUGUGUGUGUGUCUUGGGCAGGUGUAGUCCUUGUCUGCUCUCCUCCAGAGCAAUAUGGGGUACAGGUUGGUCCAGAAGAUGGGAUGGAAGAGCGGCACGGGUCUGGGGAAAGAUGGACAAGGUCGUCUUGAGCCCGUUCCACUGGCACUGAAAGAUGACAACAUGGGACUCGGAAGAUGGACUUAUGAGGUAGAGCAAGCUCAGGACACUACAGACAAACGAAGACAGCUGGAGACGGAGAAAGAAAUAACCUCCGACCUCGUGGAGAAAUACAAGAUGCAGGCAGAGAAAGAGGACAAGCUGGUGGAGACGAUUCUAGAGAUGAACAAAUCGUUUUACUGCGACUUGUGCGACAAACAGUACUUCAAAUACUCAGAGUAUGACAAUCACCUCAACUCAUAUGACCAUCAUCACCGACAGAGGUUGAAGGAUCUGAAGCAGUGGGAGGCCGGGAGAAGGUUCGGAGGUCAUCGCGAGGAAGAAGAAAAGAAGAAACUGAGAGCAGCCUACGAGGUUGCCAUGGAGAAGGCCUACAUGCGGCAGAGGCAAUCGAGAAGAAAGACAGCUCCAGGUUUCAAGCCCAUAAGUGGAGGUUCAACUACAUUUCAACGACCAACUCCUGAAAUUGCCUCUGGUCCAGCUCAAGAUAGUGCAGACACUGGUGUUAAGAGACCCAGUGAAGACGGUGGGAAGGCUGCUGAGAAGAAGUCCCGGCUCUCAAAAUACGGAGGACUUAAGUUCCAAUCGGCAGGGAAUUUGGUUACCGUUGGCGACAAGACCCGCAUGGACGAGGCCGGGAAGAAGGGGCGUGGCUAUCAGGACAGCAUGACGAAGGAGGAGGAGGGGCCUCCGGAGACUCAACCUCGUCCUGGAAAAUCUUCCGUGAGGGAGGGCUCGCCUGCCACAAGGACACAAUCUAUCAGGACGUACGACAGAUCAAGUAGAGAGGGGUCUGCUGAAUACGAGGGGUCGAAAUUUUCCUUCGGAUUCUCGAAAAAGAAGACUCAAUCGCAACCGGCCAAAUCGGACCCCUCGGAGGGGGAACCGAAGAAAUCAAAAAGCGAGGGACCCAAAGGGGCGGCCCCUGGGCCCCCGCCACUGAUGAGUCGACAGAGAGAGCUAAUGACGAAGGCAUUCGGAGGAGAUUCGGACAGCGACGAAGAUGAGGGAAUGGAGUUGACAAAGAUGGCAGUGCGGGGCACUCCGAGAUUCAUGUUUCACAUCAGAAAAUAGCACAAUUUACACCACCCUACCUCUCUCUCUCUCUCUUUCAACACUACUCUAUUAUUGUUGGUGCGAAAUUUCAACAGUCCAUAAUACACUUAUUUAGAUGGGAUCUGAACAAAAAUAUAGGUUGCCUAAUAGCUAUACGGGUAAUUGCUUGGCUGAUAAAUCUAAUGCUGUUUUUCCUCAAGAAAUUUGAAGACUGAGGAGAAAUCUUUGCCAGAGUAGCCAGACUGUGUCAUUAGGCGGUAGAUCUGGAGAGCUAGUGAUCCCAGUGGAGUCACUGUCCCCGAGGCAUUGGCCACCGUCUGUGCCAAUCCCAGAUCCUGCGUGGAGAAAGAGAGAUCGCGAAGAGAAGAGAGAGAGGGAGGAUGGAGCGUAGAAACUACGAGACAAUGUU